GUAUUGAAUGCUUAUCCUUCCACACAGGAAAUGUGUAUGCUCUUGGAGGGUAAUGACGCUCCAGUGAUUUCCCCCGCUCCCUUUCCCAGGCCUCGCUUUCCCUUCCGUCCAGGGAAGAUCGUUCUGCUUGCGAUCCUGCUGAGGAAAGAGACUCCGAUGGACUUGCACCGGGCAGCGUUCAAGAUGGAGAACUCGCCCUACCUCCCCAACCCRCUGGCCUCGCCGGCGCUCAUGGUGCUCGCGUCCACGGCGGAGGCGAGCCGYGACGCCUCCAUCCCGUGCCAGCAGCCGCGGCCUUUCGGCGUGCCCGUGUCCGCGGACAAGGACGUGCACAUCCCCUUCACCAACGGCUCCUACACGUUUGCCUCCAUGUAUCACCGGCAAGGCGGCGUGCCGGGGGCCUUUGCGAACCGUGACUUUCCUCCGUCCUUGCUUCACCUGCACCCCCAGUUCGCGCCCCCCAACCUGGACUGCGCGCCCAUCAGCAUGCUGAACCACAGCGGCGUCGGCGCCUUCCGCCCCUUCGCCUCCGCCGAGGACCGCGAGAGCUACCAGUCGGCCUUCACGCCGGCCAAGCGCCUCAAGAACUGCCACGACACCGACUCGCCCCACCUGCGCUUCUCGGAUGCCGACGGCAAGGAGUACGAGUUCGGCACGCAGCUGCCCUCCAGCUCCCCCGGCUCCCUCAAGGUCGAUGAGACGGGGAAGAAGAUCUUUGCCGUCUCUGGCCUCAUUUCCGAUCGGGAGACCUCGUCCAGUCCUGAAGAGCGAAGCGACAGAUCACCCGCUUACAUCCAGAACAAGCUCCAGAAAGUCAGCUCCGGUACUUGGUCUGUACAGGAGGGAAUGGAAGCAGACUUUGGCCUCAUCGAAAAGCUCUUUGUCAGAAAUCUCUGCUCACGCACGUGGGACUGUGAUAUGGCAGUUUACCCUUGGGCCUUAUUGUUGCUGCAACUUUUGCAGCGUGGAAAUGUGUCUCUGUAUGCCACGUGGUCCCCAGCUUGUCCCCAGCACGUGCACACAUGAACC